AUGAAUGUUACUGUAGCAGCAAUGUCAAUCACUGUAAACGUAAAGUAGGCUUUUGCCACUGCCUCUUGCCAGAAUUAUCGCUUUUAAUUAAACAACAGACUUUUUAUAUUAGGAAUGGACGCUUGACAUGGAAUAAUGCCAUCCCAGAACAGGAAGUCCACUUAAAACUUGGAGGUGAUGCUGGUGGUGGGUCCUGUAAAAUGGCUUUCCAGAUUGCCAACCUUAAACAUCCAAACUCAAAAACAAAUACAGUGGUCUUUGCCAUGUUCCACGCCAAAGAUACAUGGACAAAUUUAAAAACAGCAUUAAUGAAAUACAGGGAGCAAGUAAACAUCCUAAACAAAGCUACUUGG